AUGAAUGCAGCAGCUAGAAGACAAGACCAGUCUGUCUCAAAGGAUGCUGAUCGGGAGUAUGAAAUGGAAAAAGAAAAUGAACUUGACGAAUUUGAUUCAGACUUUAUUGAUACUGAAGACGAAAAUUGUACCGAUGGACAAGAACUUGAACGACAGAAGAAAUCCAAGAGAAAAAGGAAACCUGAAAAUAUUCAUUGGGCUAGGGAAAAGACAAAACGUAACGGAAUGGAAGGCAAGGAUUAUCUAGGAUAUAGUCGAAGUAAAACUGGUCAAAUACUACACAAUAGCGAAACGCAAUGCAGAAGCUUAGGUCCAGCUUGCUCCUCCAUGAAGUGCUUGAAAUACAAAAAGAGACACUGUAAUAUUAUAACUCAUGAAGAGCGCUUGUCGAUUUUUAAAAAAUUUUGGACUGAUAUGUCUUGGGAGCAAAAACAGAUAGAUAUAUGUAGCAAGUUUGAUGGAAAGAGAGAAACCAGAAGGAAAUAUGUGAAGUUUCAUAAUCGGGAAAUUGAACUACCCACGGACUACGUGAAAGUAACAAGAGAAGCGCGAUUAAAACCAGAACCGUACGAAGUUAAAUACAUGAACCAUACGGAUUUCAGAAAUUAUGAUAUUAAAGACCAAAUGGUAUAUCAUAGUAUCAGUCCAGGAAAAAAAGCACAUGACCCAACAGUAACUAAUUUAAGAGAGAUCCACUAUCAAUCAAAAGGCAAAAUUCAAAUUAAUCUGCAGUUUUAA